AUGCGCUUUACAAACGCGCUCCUCCCAGCGCUCCUCUCCGCGCCCCUCGCGGCCUCAAAGCCGGCGCGUCUCUGGGCAACGCACUACAACGGAAAUGUCUACACCCUCACACUGGAUGAAUCCGACUUCUCCAUAACCGAUACGCAGAAGACGUGCGGUGCAAUGCCGUCCUGGCUAACGUAUGACUCGGAGUCGAAGACGCUCUACUGCUCAAAUGAGGAUGGGACGGCUGAUCCCACGACCCACGGCUCACUAUCGGCCUACCACCCCGAUCGCGAGGGUAAAUUGCACCAGAUUGCGGAGGCGAAAACUAUCGGCGGUGGCGUCGAUAGCGUUAUUUAUGAGACAGGGAAGAAGAAGUUCAUUGCUAUCGCUCAUUACGAGGGGUCAGCCGUCUCAACAUUCGCCCUCCCACUCCACGACAACAGUGUCGCAAGCCAAGAAUUCCACUUCAAUCUGACGCACCCUGGCGCCGUCGCGCAGCAAGACAGUCCACACCCACACUCCGUCUUCCUAGACCCGACAGGCUCCUUCAUCGUAAGCCCCGACCUCGGCGCCGACCUCCUGCGCAUCUACUCCAUUUCCUCGGAAACCGGCAAGCUAGAAUCCUGCCCGCCAGUAAACGUCACCUUCGGCAGUGGCCCGCGCCACGGCGUUUUCUGGACAGACGGUACAGACAACAACAACACCGCCGUCCCCGGCGCGCCGACGCACCAGCGUGAAAUGGCCGCCGUCGGUAAAACGAUGAUGUACCUCGUCAACGAAAUCGGGGGCACGAUGAUGGUAUUCGAUGUUGCGUAUGCGCGGUCUGGAUGUCUAGAUUUACAGAAGACGCAGACGCUUGUUCCCUACCCCGGUGGUAAGAUGCCUGAGGGUGCGACGCCGUCUGAGAUUCGGUUUAUUGGAGGUAAGUUUUAUGUUUCUGUUCGCACGGAUCAGGGCUUUAAGCCUAAUGAUUCGAUGGUUACGCUUGAGCGGUCACGGAAGAAUGGGGCUGUGAGAGUUAGUAGCAAGUCCGAUGCUUGGGGGAAGGUUCCGAGGACUUUUGCGAUUAAUCGUGCCGGUGACCUGGUUGCGAUUGGGAACCAGGCUUCUGCGAAUGUAGCGAUUGUGCGUCGUGAUCGGGAGACUGGUGAGCUUGGGGAAAAGGUUGCUGUUUUGCAGGUUGGGGAACCUGGGAAGGUUGGUUCGGCGGAGGGAUUGAGUAGUGUUAUUUGGGAGGAGUAG